UAUUACCUAUGCGGCUGUAGCAACGCAAAAUGGCGGUUGCGGUGGAUCUGUCAAAGCACACCGACUGUGUCGAAUUUGUAGGCUCUUCAGAAGAAGAUAUCAACUAUGCAAAGACAUUUUGGCAGUCUGUACAAUUAGAACCACCAGCAGAAUCCCGUCUCGUAUCCAGUGACAUAAAACAACGUCUCAAAGUAGCUCCAUCAGGAACCCACGGUCUGACAUAUGCCCACAAUAUCCCAGAAGAAAAACCAGAAUUACACGAUUUCUUUGUGAGGGUGCGGACCCUGGAACAGUUGGAGCAUUUUUCAAGAGUACAGAAAUUUGCAGAGGCAAGAGAGGAAGACAGAACUAUGAUUGAGAAACGUAGAGCAGAACGAAUAAAGAGGGAGAGUAUUUCGCGAGAUUUCAUUGGACGUAAGCGGGAGGUACGUGAAGCCUAUGUUGACAAGUCUGAAGAAGCAGACAACGGUGUGAUAGAUGAAGAUCCUUCGGAUGCGUUAUUACAACUCGACGCCUUUGAAAAGUCAAAGUUUGGGGAACAAGAUCCUGAUUCAGACUAAUACAAUUUUCAGUACACAAAAACAAUAUGUUCAAGAUUCAUAAUUGAUAUUCAUCAUUACCGAAUGCAAGAAUCGAGAGCAGUGAAAACGACAAGUGAGAAAAAGUGAAUGUAUGAUAGGUGAACAAUAAAAUGUGAUAUAGUCCUGAA